UUGACAUUCAUUAUCCUGCCGUAGUAGUCAUUUAUACAUAAACUAACUUACACGUCAACUAUGCGUUCCUACAAGAUUCAGAGUGGCAUCAACGAUGUGAUAACAUUUUUUUAUCGCAUUGGUUUUUGGCAUCGCGGACCAAACGCCUCACUCAGACAACUGACCAUGAAAUUAUUUUACUGCAUUCUUUACUCUCAAUUCUCCGUUUCAUUGGUAGGUGGGGCAAUUAUCAAUAAUAGUAUCGGGGAGUCCAUAUUCUUGUUGGAGUCUUCAAUCAUAGCGACGGUGUUUUUUGCCAAGUUGUGUUUCUUAAUGUGGAAACAAAAUGAAAUUUCGGAAUUUCUGAAUGAAAUUUGCAUAUUUCGGAUUCGAUAUGACGAAGACUUUGUUCGUGUCGAUGUGAAAUUGAGAAAAUUUAUGACAUUCGUUAAGGUAGUGGUACUGGUAACGCUCGUUGCGUGUGUGUUAGAAGGCAUUCUCAUACCGAUUAUUAAAAGUGGAAAAUAUUUAUUUUAUAAAAUUGCAUUUCCGUGGGACUGGAGAACUAACGAUAUUGCAUACUCGGCUGCAGUCAUCUUUGUAUUCAUCGAAAUUAUAAUGUCUUUGGCAGCAUUUUUGUUUUCUACAAUCAUAUGGUAUAUAUUGUUGAAUUGUUCUGUGCGGUAUGAAGUGCUGGGGAACGAAUUGAGGAAGAUAGGAAGUCAGUGUGACAUAGAAUCAAAAAUAUCAGUACAGGAGAAGAAAAACAUCUUUUCUCAGGACUUGAAGGCGUCAAUCGAUGACUACUCACAGAUAAGAAAAUUGAUAGAUCAACUGGAGUCAUUUUGCUUCAAUUUAUUUUUUCUCCAAUUUUGUACGAGUGGUCUGUGCAUCUGUGGAUCCAUUUACAGCCUGGCAUUCGACGUCGGAGGUAAUACAGUGGAGCGUUUGUGUCACAUUUUCAAUUUGGCCUAUAACAUAUCCGAAAUAUUUAUGAUCACGUUCUUUGGCAAUGAGAUCCAGGUGUCAAGUGAUCGCCUUUCCUAUUGUCUAUUUGAAUCAAACUUCGUUGACCAGACAGAUUCAGUGAAAAAGCUUAUCGUCAUUUUUGGUGAAUAUUUGAAGCAACCACAUCAACUCACCAUUGGUAAUUUGUAUCCCCUUACGUUGGAUACAUUUACUAGGAUCAUAAAAGGCGCCUACAGCAUGUUCAAUAUUUUGCAAAAUGGUAUGCAAUAAAUAACUAUGUCAAUUCAGUGCAAUAUGAGACAAAAAAUAGUCAAUCACACGCAGCCAAACUCUCAUUU